GUUUUAACAGUGUAUUCAAUUUUCACAAUAUGCGUAUCCUCAUUGGUGCAUUCUGAAAGAGUGAGAUCAAAAUCGAUGUGGUCUUCAUAUCCAACAGAACGAUGCACAGCCGACACAAAACUCAAAUAUAUGUCCGGAAACGCGCUAACCGAUGAUGUCAACUGCAUUGGACCAAAUAAUACACCAUAUCCAAGUGCGACUAUUCAGAAAAUCUACAGCCAUUGGUCGAGUGGAGCAAGAAAAGGACGAAUGAAUGGGCAAAUUCCAACGACUCUCGAUCCAUCGGUCACACAAUCCAUGCUCAUGAAUUCAUACUCAUCGGCGAAUCAUGAUAUUCAUAGCAUAGCCGCUCGUAACGCUCGUUCGUUGUCCAAUCCAUCGGAAAAAUGCAAUGCAACACCGGCACGUCUCUGCAAAACACGAUACAAUACCACGGCGCCAAUGUAUGGCGUUAGUCUAACAUCGGGUCAACCUGUGACAAUCGUGCAAAAAUUCCCAGAUUUAUUGCAGCAAGUGGUGUUCGAAGUGUGCGAGUCCUCUGAAUGUGAUGUUGUACGUGGUGAAUGCACACAAACCUAUGUUCCGUAUCUAUUUCUGGUGAUUCCAUUGGGACCGGUAACACUGACCGGCCAAGAUUACGUUCUUGUGGAAAGUGGUUGCGUGUGCAAACCAAAAUACGCAACAGAAUUGGCCGAGGCAAAGGUAACACCUUAGCCGCCUCAAAUCCAUUCGUCGUCUACGUUCACGCUAUUAAAAACGAGAGACCUUUGGCUUUCAAUUCUCAAGAAAAGAAAAAGAAUGUACGUUUCUAACUGUUUGGAAAUAAGUAAAAAAGAAAUUUCGUACGAUAACAGCGUGAAAUGUUUUUAAAACGUAAUCAAAUGUGAUGGAUGCUUUAUGAAAAUAUUGGAUCCUCUCCAAUCUGAGAAAUGACAAUAAAAAGAAAAAACCGAAUGAAUUUUGUUCAAAUUCCAUUCACAAUACUCAUGACUGGCCGAGGCAAUCAAAAAUAGACCUUUGUGAAAUAUAUCAUUGAAAAUUGACAUUUCCCAUGCAAAUAUUUGAAUAAAGUUCGUUCGAUUCUAAAAGAGCAGGAAAAAAACAAAACAAACAACUAAAUUCAAAUUGAAUCCAAAAAAAAUGAAAAUAUUAUCAAUAGUUACAGAUGAUUUUGUUUCUCAAACAUCAAUUUCAACAAAAUACGCUGAUAUUUUUAUUAAAAAUAGAUUCUUUUUCUGUGCUCCAUUAUUUUACUGUAGUCAUAUCGCGAUUUGACAUUCUAAUUUAAAACCAUCUAUUUAUUUAGUAGUACUAAUUUAAAGCGAAAAAAAAACUCUCGAUUCUGCUAUCAGUUUUUCUUUUGUUCUAUUUAAGAAUUUAUUUAAUAAUAUUUGUGGACAGAAUUGAACUGUUUAUCUUCUUUGGAACAAAACUUGAAUCUUAUUGAAAAUGAAACAAACGAAGAAAAAACAGUAAAAUCAGAUGGACACAAAUCAUUUGAAUCAUGCUUUAAUCGAAGAUUACUUGUUUUUAUUUAGAGACAUGAUUCGAUGUGCACUAAAACAAACUAAUGUAAGCAACAAUUAGUGUAUUAAAAAUGUGUAAUUUUAAUGAAAUGGCAAUUUAAGUUAUGAAUCAUUUUUAAACAAAAUAAAAUGUGUAUUUAAAUACAGACAUU